GGAUCCAAUCUUGAACGGUGCUACCUGUUGACAGCAACUAUCGCUUCGUUCACCUGGCAUAGUGUCGCGCCUCACAUCAUAAUCGACAUUGACAGCACAGCAGUUGUUGUCGGCGCAGACCUAAAAUUGGAUUCAGCUCCUGAGAUUCAACUGCAGACGAGCGGAGCCCCUCACAGUAAACAAGCCCAAGUUACGUCAAGGGCUCGAUCGGAUACUUUCACUGAAGUUGGGGUUUUGGCGGGCUGCAGUUUGCGCGAUGGGACCAUGGAUGCUAGGACUAACUUUUCUCUGCUGGGCUUCGAUGUAUCAUACCGCAAGUGCUUCUGAAACAGCAGAAUCCUGCCCAAUGACGGUCUACUCACACCCUGAUUAUGACUGCAAACGUUUCACUUGUGAGGCGGACUGGCCAUCCGAGUCCCACAACUACGAGGGACCAAGUUUCGAUAGCCUUCGAUACCUCCUCCAACCCCGAAGUAUUCUUGCUACCAAUAAAGCCUUAGUGGUCUCCCACAACGAUACCGAUGGGACUUUCAUGACAUCUCUCACGUCUCUUGGUGAUGGUGACCAUGGGAGCUUUGCGGAAUGGCAGGCAGCACACAGUAAGAGGGGUCUAUCCAACACCCCUCUCACGCGCCCGCGACGUCGGGAUCCAAACCAGCAAUGUUGCGUGCCUACAUGGGAGUGCUGGGCAUUUUUGCAGUACCAGGUCAGCGGUCCUUCCGGGUUGCAGAACCUCACCGACUGGAAGAAAACUAUGUGUUGCAUAGUGGAAUUUAUGACGCCAAAGCCUUUCUGCCAGAACCCGCCGGCAGCGUGGCCACUUACUUGUCUGGAGCCACCUACUUGCAGCUACAAUUGAGAAAGUCUGACCCACUAUUGCUCUUCAGUCAGAUAUUGUACGCUCUGCCUCUCUUGGUUACUGCAUUGUUACGUGUACCAACCAA